AUGCCACACCUUUCGCAACCCACGUCGCCACUCAACGGGACCUCGGGAAUUACAACAAGGGUUGGCGAAACCCACUCGAAUUAUCGCCAUCUUCUCACGUCGACACCAUUCAGACUGCUCGCGGACCGUCGAAGUAUCUGCAACGUAGCGAGUCGACUUCGCUUGUCGUCGUUUUUACGGCAGGACGCCAUGGUAAGCAUCGGAUCGUCGUGGAUCCCCAUCUCUUCAUCAGAGCAACGCACUGCUAAUCUCCAAGGCGGGGUGAACGUACCUGCCAACAGCACCUGGCAGGUGCCUCCUCUUUCUCCACCAGCAGUUUGCUGCACAAAGGGACUUCAGCAAGCCCAAGAAUCAGGAUCCAUGGGAGCACCAUGGCCUGCUGAGGCACCUUAA